CCUCACUCACUGGGGGAGCCCGGCGCUGGCGGUCGCUUUCGAGGCUGAGACGCCGAGCUCGCCCGCCCGCCCGUCCGUCCGUUCGCCCGCUUGACUGAUAGCAAAGAAGUCGGGACACGCUGACGGCAGAGCCGACCGACGGACAGCGGCCGGCCGCGGGGUCUCCUCAAGUUCCGCCAUGAGCUGGGGCACGGAGCUGUGGGAUCAGUUCGACAGCUUGGACAAGCAUACACAAUGGGGAAUUGAUUUUUUGGAAAGAUAUGCCAAAUUUGUUAAAGAGAGGAUAGAAAUUGAACAGAACUAUGCGAAACAAUUGCGAAAUCUGGUUAAGAAAUAUUGUCCCAAGCGUUCUUCCAAAGAUGAAGAGCCAAGGUUUACCUCGUGUAUUGCCUUUUUUAACAUCCUUAAUGAGUUAAAUGACUAUGCAGGACAGCGAGAGGUAGUAGCAGAAGAAAUGGCACACAGAGUAUAUGGGGAGUUAAUGAGAUAUGCUCAUGAUCUGAAAACUGAAAGAAAAAUGCAUCUCCAAGAAGGACGAAAAGCUCAGCAGUACCUUGACAUGUGCUGGAAGCAGAUGGAUAAUAGUAAAAAGAAAUUUGAAAGAGAAUGUAGAGAGGCAGAAAAGGCACAACAGAGUUAUGAAAGAUUGGAUAAUGAUACUAAUGCAACCAAGGCAGAUGUGGAAAAGGCCAAGCAGCAGUUGAACCUACGCACGCACAUGGCUGACGAGAAUAAGAAUGAGUAUGCUGCACAGUUACAGAAUUUCAAUGGGGAGCAGCACAAGCACUUCUACGUGGUGAUUCCUCAGAUUUACAAGCAACUACAAGAAAUGGAUGAACGAAGAACAAUUAAACUGAGUGAAUGUUACCGCGGAUUUGCAGACUCUGAACGCAAAGUUAUUCCCAUCAUCUCAAAGUGUUUGGAAGGAAUGAUUCUUGCAGCAAAAUCAGUUGAUGAAAGAAGAGAUUCUCAAAUGGUGGUAGACUCCUUCAAGUCUGGUUUUGAACCUCCAGGAGACUUUCCGUUUGAAGACUACAGUCAGCAUAUUUAUAGAACGAUUUCUGAUGGGACCAUCAGUGCAUCCAAACAGGAGAGUGGGAAGGUGGAUGCCAAAACCACAGUAGGGAAGGCCAAGGGCAAAUUGUGGCUCUUUGGAAAGAAGCCAAAGCCACAGUCCCCACCCUUAACCCCUACUAGUUUAUUCACAUCCAGUACUCCUAAUGGGUCCCAGUUUCUCACAUUCUCCAUUGAGCCCGUGCAUUAUUGUAUGAAUGAAAUAAAAACAGGGAAGCCCAGAAUUCCUUCUUUCAGAAGCCUCAAAAGAGGGUGGUCGGUGAAGAUGGGCCCAGCACUAGAAGAUUUUAGUCACCUGCCACCAGAACAGAGACGGAAGAAACUACAGCAGCGCAUUGAUGAACUUAACCGAGGACUACAGAAGGAAUCAGACCAAAAAGAUGCCCUCAACAAAAUGAAAGAUGUAUAUGAGAAAAAUCCACAAAUGGGGGAUCCAGGAAGUUUACAGCCUAAAUUAGCAGAAACCAUGAAUAACAUUGACCGCCUACGAAUGGAGAUCCACAAGAAUGAGGCUUGGCUUUCUGAAGUUGAAGGCAAAACAGGCGGGAGAGGAGACAGAAGACACAGUAGUGACAUAAACCAUCUUGUCACACAGGGACGGGAAAGUCCCGAGGGAAGUUACACUGAUGAUGCAAACCAAGAGAUCCGUGGGCCUCCUCAGCAGCAUGGCCACCACAGUGAGUUUGAAGAUGAGUUUGAAGAUGAUGACCCCUUACCAGCAAUUGGCCACUGCAAAGCCAUCUAUCCUUUUGAUGGACAUAAUGAAGGUACUCUGGCAAUGAAAGAAGGUGAAGUUCUGUACAUUAUUGAGGAAGACAAAGGUGAUGGAUGGACAAGAGCUCGGAGACAAAAUGGUGAAGAAGGCUACGUCCCCACGUCAUACAUAGAUGUAACUCUAGAGAAAAACAGUAAAGGUUCCUGAAGAGGGUUUCUGAGGAAAUGGGCAAGAUGUUGAAGGAGGUUACAUGCAGCUGCUUUUGGGGGGGAGGGUAUUAGAGGUGUCAGGCUCAAAGAGAGAGUGAGAGAAGCAAGUUGCAUGAGUGCAUGCAGACAUGAUUUUUUUUACUAACUUCAUUAGCAUUUCCAUAAUUGUUUUUAAAAAUCAUUCUAGUACCACUCCUUAAUUUCCUAAGUUCUUAAGUUCACAGUUGCUCACAUGGAAGAAAAGAAAAAGCCAACAAUGGCUGAACCUUUUCCAUUUAUUUAACUGAUACCCAAACCAGAAGAGAUGCAGAGCUGUUAGAAAAUUUGUCUUACUUUGGACUGUCCCUGUAGGACUGUCUUCAUCCAGCUCUGCUUUAAUUGGCUUUUAGAGCCGCCGUCUGUUAGAACCCUUGCCAUUUGUCAGUGUCUGCCUGCGCCACUUCGUGCUUGCUUAACAUCCUGUUGCAUGUCUAGAGUGAUCUCAGCUUAGUUUCUUUAGGCAUGUCUUUUAAUCCCUUGUUUGUGUCGAAGCCUUCCUUUUGUUUUACAUUUGUAGUACAGAUCUCUGUGUCAAACAUCUCCAGCACUAAUGUUCCCAUCAUAGUGUUUGUGUAUGCUGCUAUAACUUCCCCACUGCAAACAUUCCAGUUCUGACAUGAAGACUAGUCUGUGAACCUGAAGUAUUUAUGAUAAGAAAAAGAAAACAUCUUUGCUCUAGCCUACAGCCCACUAGAAAGAACUCUGAAAUGUCAUCCACCCUCAGCACCUCAGUCUGGGAAGACUCUCAUCAGCACUGAAGUCCUGGUGUACUGAACACAGAAGAUGCUCACCACCUCAAGACAAAAGACUAUUGUCAGAAGUCAGCUGCUUCCAUUCAAAUGCUGCCUUAAACUUGAGUGCCUCAAUCUGUUGAUUGCCAACACUACCACUACAGUAUCCCACAAAGGGCUUCGUGUGUCAGCUCAGUGCGACCUCCUUUAACUCUGCGGCAUGCCGCAGCUGCUCGUAGCCCCGUAGGUGGCUUUUAGAGCUCUACCAUGUGCAGCGGUGCAUCUUCCAAUUUAUGCGUCAAACUAAAGACUUGUCUGAGUCCAUUUUACUUUCCUCAGUUUACUUCUGAGAAGUUUAUGGACCUACCCCCAUUAUCUUUUAACUUGGGGUUAUGAUGAUCUUAUUUGAUUAUUACAAUGAUAGUCUUGUUUCCAAGUGAUGCUUUUGUUUGAACCAGAUAAAAUUUAGUGAGACUUUGUAAUGAUCUCUGUGCACUUUUACUUGUAAAAUGAAAAUUUCUGUAUGUUUAUACUUGUAAAUAUAAUUGUCAGUAGCAGCCCCGUU